GCGUCGCCCUGGGAGCUGCGGGCGGCUCUCCCGGCGCUGCCUGCUCGUCCCGGCGGCCGCCAUGAGGCACCUGCCGUACUUCUGCCGCGGGGAGGUGGUGAAGGGCUUCGGCAGGGGCUCCAAGGAGCUGGGCAUCCCCACCGCUAACUUUUCUGAGCAAGUAGUCGAAAGCUUUCCAUCCGAUAUCUCUACUGGUAUUUACUACGGAUGGGCCUGUGUUGGAAAUGGAGAUGUGCAUAAAAUGGUUUUGAGCAUAGGAUGGAAUCCUUUCUAUAAGAAUAUUAAGAAAUCAGUGGAAACGCACAUUAUCCACACCUUCAAAGAAGACUUCUAUGGAGAAAUUCUUAGUAUAGUCAUAGUUGGAUAUAUUCGACCGGAAAAAAACUUUGAUUCCUUAGAGGCACUCAUUUCAGCAAUUCAGGAAGACAUUGAAGAAGCAAAAAGACAGCUAGAUUUACCAGAACACCUUAAACUCAAAGAAGAUAACUUCUUUCAUCUGCCAGAAGGCAAAAUAGUGAAUAACCACUGAGCAAACCCAUGCUGCUUUUUUUUUGCUGCUUUUUUUUUUUUUUUUUAAUUCCCCCUGUCAUGGAGCUUUUAUCUUUGCACUACUUUAGUAGUUACUGUGUUGUCACAUGCCUGUGUAGGUGACUGAAGUUGGAACCGACUUCAUGUCGUCACCAACAGGAUGAUGUCAGUUUCCAUGUGUUAAUGAAUUAACCUAGUCAUGCAAAAGGAACAGAAGGCUGUUUGAGGUUCUUACAGAUGAAUUGUGUAUCUUAAAGUUAGCAGUUGUUCAGGUAUUUGAGCACAUGCAGAACAUGACCAAAGUUAACGGUGACUUCUUCUGACAAUAAGGUAUGGGGUAGUUAACUUAAGAGAGGAAUGUCUGUUUUUAACAUCCAGAAUGUUAUUUCAGCCUCUUUUCUUUGAUUUAUGUUACUCUUACGUCUGGGUUUUAGCUAGUAACUUGAAAAAUUUUGCUGUUGAUUGAGUCACCAAUUUCAUGUGGUGUAGGAAGCCAAUGAUAACGAGUAAUUCUCUAUAGAGUUUAUUUUUUAUAUGCUAUAUAGCUGUCAUGGUUGAAGCUGUCAUUUUAACUGAAAUUACUUAUUUUAACUUCAUGUGAAAUGGGGGAAAUCACUGUUGCUCAUUGAGUUAUUUCAAUCUGAGAUAUACUUCAUCAUAGUUGACUGUACAUACGACAACACAUGACCUGUACAGUUUACUUCUGAGGAAGUGUUUCACUGGAAUUAAGGAACUGAAUGACAGUGUGAAAGUUGGUAAACUUCAAAGGUUCAGGCAUAAAAGAUACAGAAACAGUAUCACCAGACUUGUGCUCAUUGGGCCUUAAGGCAAAAGAGUUAAUUAAACCUUGAUAGGUUUGAAGAGGUAAUGAAGCCUAAAAUAACCUUGCAUUUUAUCUGCUGCUGUCAUUUGUUGUAGGAAAAUGGGUAGAACCUUGGGUUAUUCACUACACUGGCAAUAAAAUGGCCAGUGGUGUAAGGCAGAGAAAAAUCUUACUAACUUUGCACCAAGUGCAAGUAAGAGCCAAGGUUUUGGCUGACUAAGUAGAUCAAUAUUAAUGGAAUGUAUCAGCACUAUAAUGGGGAUUGGGUUUUGGUUGUGGCGUGGCUGGAACAUUAUUCUGAAAUUGAAAAUGUUUCUGCAGAUAUGUCUCAACUGUAGUUCUGUGUCUGAAAUACUAUGUACAAUUUGGAAUGCACAAUUUCUGUGAAUUUCCUCAGUCCUAUCCUAUUUGAAUCCUGCAUUUCACUCUAGUGUUUGAGAGUUCUGACAGGUUAGCCGCCUGGGUUUUUGUGGCAGGUGUUGUCAGGAUGUUAGUUCCAUUUCAUGUUGUUUUAACUUUCAGCCAAUAUAUGGGGAUAUUACUAAGGCAGAGGUCUUGAACAAAGCAAGGACUUGUGUUUGCUCUGUAGGACUUCAGGAGAAACUCCAUUUGAUUUAAUUUAAAUAAAUUGUUCACCAGUGAUGUGCUGUAGUUCUGGUGCUUUAAGAGCACCUAGCUUGCCAGCUGAUAGUACAUUGAAACACACACAGCUGGGUCACCACAAAUACAUUGGGUAUGGAUGAUGACAGGAGUCUGUGGUGAGUUCUACCACGAAAUGUCCCCACCACAUGGUGCAGAUUCCCUCAGUGCCAGUCCCAGUUACAGACACAGAAAAAAGUCAGUGCACAAACCACUACUCACUAAAGAGAGAAGCAGUACAUAAGAACACAGCAAACAUAAGCACAAGAUCACAGGGCUCCAUACUCACAGUCCUUAAGGCAAGUGAGGAGGAGUCCUGAGAGAGAUAGUAUGGUAGAAGCUUCUGUGCUAGUUCCUCUGAAGCACCUGACAAUUUGGCGUCUUUCUCUAAGAUAUUUUAAAUUAGGAAGAGAUCCGAUAAUCUUUUGUGGGUGCUUUCUAAGUGCCAUCUAAAAACAGUACUCAGUGCAUGCUCCAACUUUAAUGGCCUUUGUGGCCAGCUAAAGUGGUAGUCUUCUAAAGUGCCAUGGGUGCAGUGGCUCCCCAAGCAGCAGAGCACUUGAACUAGAUAGACCAGGAUGAAAGGUCAUAGUCACAGGGCAGGCUUUAGCAACAGUAAUGCACAUGUCUGAGGCCUCACACAGGCCAAAGCCACAUGUCUCCCUGUAUUAUGCUCCCUGUAUAGCAGAGCCAGAUGGAUUCAGAAUUGGUGGGGGGGACUUAUCAGCAAUUAGUCUUAUAAAGGACAACAAAAUCAUUUAGUGGACUUCUGCUAUGUAAUGUGUUGGAAACUGGGGAUAUGAUGUAGUGCUGGAUUUGGUAGAGUAGGGUUAAUGGUUGGACUCUAUGAUCUUGAAGGUCUUUUCCAGCCUAGGUGAGUCUGUCGUUCUGUAAAAAGUCUGUAAAAGAAUUGUCUUGCAAGAGUGACAGUGAGAUUUUUUUUUUAUGGAAGAAUGAAGGGAAUAUUUUUUUUACAAAGAUUUGAGACAUUCUUGAGAUUGUAAAAAUGUCAAAAUCUUAUAUUUUACCCUUUUUUUAAAAGAAUAAAUACACACUAUUCAACUGAAAACAUUGUCAGGAAUGUACUCAAAGCGUAGAUUGUUGUUCAUUGUGGUACAGUAGCUAAACACUCAAAGCUGUCUUUACAGUUGUUUUUUGCCAGUAAUUUCAUGUGUCUUUUGUGGAAACCGUUGUGCCUUAAGCUGGUUGUCUGAACAAUUCUGUAUCUGCUAAUAAAUGCUACUGUGAAAAAUGCAAUUCACUGUGUGGUUAUAGAACUGUCUAUCACUGUACUAUCUGAGAACAGUGGCAAAGGGAAAACUUGAAUUUUGCUCUCAAAUCUUAACUGAGGUAUGAUGUAUGGAUACACGGAACGCAUGAACUGCUUUUCCUAUGUUUGUCUUCACAUUAGAAAAAAUGUGACCACAUUCAUUUGGCUGAAUGUACCUGUCCACAUAAUUUAAGAUAAAAUGUUAUGUAUCAGAAAUUUAAGCUCCAUAUGUAAUUCCUAGCACAGUGUAAACGUUAUGAGGGGUUAUAUUUUUGUAUUGCAUACAAGUAACUGUAUUUAUUUCAGUUAAUGUUGCUGCACUGGACCAUUAAUAAAGGAACUGUAAUUGACAAAUA